ACUGCAGAUGAUGUACCCAUAAAGCGGAAUGUUUUGUCUGAUGUGGACAGGGUAUAAUAGUCAUGGACUCUGCCUGUCGAGAGAGUCUGUGGUAAUAUAGUCACAGCGUGCUUGGAUUCCCGGAUCAUGCGAGGCGAGCCUAUUGGCAAAGGGCUAGGGGUGAACUCUUCCUUGGCGAGCCAACUUGGAUGCCACGACUAUUAUACAAGGAUGGCGAUGAUCGGUUAAAAUAUUUUCCCUCGGAUCUUGAGAUAUUGGAGUCGACAUCGUCGUGACCUUAUGUGUGUAAUGAUAUGCCUCCCGCUGCCUCUGAUUUUGAGUCUGGAAAAAAAGAGAGUUAAAUCUGGCAUCUUUCUGACUUCAGCCCGCUCCAGGACCCCUCUUUGACUUACUCGAGCACUGACGUUUUGAACCUCACUCCAUUUAGUGACAAGGAAACGCAACGGCAAAGAACGUACAGCAGUUUGACUAGAACCUCCUAGCCUGCCACGUGUCCGCGGUGACAUUCUACAACUGUCACGUGGUUGCUCGCACGCCAUCUCGAUGUCCAAGGCCUGACGGCAAUAAUAGUGGAUGGCGAACGAAGGUAUCUUUAUCAUUGAAAAGCCGUGUGUGAUUGUGAGCCGGGACUCGAUUGGUUACUGAUGACGUGGAAAACUAUGAUCUACCUUGUGAGUCGCGGAUUAAGAUGACUGUGAGUUUGGGCACCAUACUAGACGAGUUGUCUUCGCUAACGCAGGAGCCAACCACUGCUGCUACCACCACUACCACCACCAACGCGCCGUACAUGUACAGUGAGUUGUGGACCGACCGUAAUGCCUCAAUGAGUGAGUCGGAGCCUCUAGCCCGCCGGGAUCCCAACGUGGCGGCCGGCAUUGCGCUGGCCAUCAUCUCGCUGUUGACCGUCUUCGGAAACAUACUGGUCAUCGCCGCCGUCACCUCAUGGAGGAAGCUGCGGCACAAGAUCACGAGUUGGUUCGUGGUCUCGUUGGCACUCUCGGACGUCCUGGUGGGUUUUUUAGUCAUGUCCUGGAACGCCGCGGCCUUCACCAUCGGCUACUGGCCCUUUGGCAGGUUCUGCGCCGUGCACCAAGCAUUGGAUAUCAUGAUGUCCACAGCGAGCAUUUUGAACCUGUGCGUGAUCGCACUGGAUCGCUUCUGGGCCGUCACGCAGCCCUUUGACUACCAGAGCAAGAUGACUAGGAAGCGGGCCCUCCUGAUGAUAGCCUGCGUCUGGAUCGUGUCGUGCGUCAUGUCAUUCGUGCCGGUCCUGUCGGGAAUUCACACCGUGGACGACGCCCAGGACACCAUCCUGGCCAACCCGCCCAAGUGUGACUUCAUCCUGAACGGAAUAUACGCCGUGUUGUCGUCGUGCAUUAGCUUCUACGUUCCUUCCAUUGUCAUGAUCAUAACCUACCUGUUGAUUUACCGCGAGGCCCGGCGCCAGGAGCAGAGUAUACGCAGCCAGAACAGGGUGCUCGAUAACAACCAGAAGGGCGAGCACAAGGCUGCCAAGACUCUGGGGGCCAUCUUGGGUGUGUUCGUCUUCUGUUGGCUUCCCUUCUUUGUGGUCAACUGUAUUCUUCCCUUCUGCAAGGAGUGCAUCAGCGGUGCUGUGUUCACCAUCGUGUUGUGGCUGGGCUGGAUUAACAGUUCCCUGAACCCGCUCAUUUACGCCACAAACCGGGAGUUCCGCACGGCGUUCAAACGCCUGCUUUGCAAGAAGCAGUUCUUGCGGGACCGGACUAUGGAGUACAGUACCACGGUCACGCUGCUCAUGCACAUGGGCAACGGUAAGGUGGACUCCAAUAAGAACGAGCGGAAGAAGAAGGCCAAAGCCGGGGCGAGCAGCCGGCAGUCGGCCCCAGCACACACGCUGACGGCCAUCACGGAGUUCGUCACCGAGGAAUCACUGAAGGAGGAAUGCGAGGGGGAGACGGAGGGGCCAUACCCGGAGCACAAUAUCGGGCCCAGGCUCGCCAAAUAUCAAUCGGACACGGAGGAGAACCUUACGCCAACAACGGAGUGGAAAUAAUUUUAUGAACGCUCAUAGUGGCCUGAGGGAAGACUACAAAGGCUGAAUUUGUUCCCAAGUGUGCCAUGCUCAACCUGCUUUCGGGCUGAAUGUGCUGAAUGAUCAAAUCACCGCUGCUGUACAUUGUUGGGUUGAGAGAAUAAGUGGAACUACACCAACAAGCGCAUGCGUGUGUCACAAAGGGGUAACUUGAGCACGGUGUCUUUUUAACUGAGCACCUAACGCCGACAAUACAUCUACGAAAGCGUGUUAAUUGUAAUCGUCCUUGGAGUAGCUUGUAGCUUCAGAUUGGAGAUGUUUUUAUAUUUACCAUGCUUGGAGCAGUGCAAUCUAUCAUGUUUAUAUUUUUGUUUACCUUAUUUCUGAUAAGAAGAUGACUUUUGACCUAUCAAGCAUACUUAUAUUACAACGUACCCCACGCACGUGUACCCUGGGGUUAUAUCAAUUUCAAUUAUGAUAUAAAGUAAACUUAAACAUUCCAUAGGAUUUGUACAAAGCUGAAAAUAUCAGAACACAAAAAA